GCCGACGUGGAAGACGCCGAGGAGCCCUGCGCCCUGUCCUCUCACUCCGGGGGCGCGGGCUCCAAGUCAGGAGGCGACAAGAUGUUCUCUCUCAAGAAGUGGAACGCGGUGGCCAUGUGGAGCUGGGACGUGGAGUGCGAUACGUGCGCCAUCUGCAGGGUCCAGGUGAUGGAUGCCUGUCUUAGAUGUCAAGCUGAAAACAAACAAGAGGAUUGUGUUGUGGUCUGGGGAGAAUGUAAUCAUUCCUUCCACAACUGCUGCAUGUCCCUGUGGGUGAAACAGAACAAUCGCUGCCCUCUCUGCCAGCAAGACUGGGUGGUCCAAAGAAUCGGCAAAUGAGAGUGGUGAAAGGGCUUCUUAGUGCAUUUGUCCAGAGCCCUGGUGGAUCGCCUUAUCAAGUGCCCUACAACGGCCAGGACACUCCGGAGGACUAAGUCUUCCAAUAGGAGGAGAUGGAUCUUUGGUCCUUGAGGACUCAUCCAAGGCAUUGGGUUAGCAUUUUGUCAGUUUCAUUUUCAGAAAUUCUCUACAAUUAAGAAGAUAAUUUAUUAAAGAUGGCCUUUCCUGUCUCUGUGGUAUGUGUCACACUGCUUAGAAGUGCUAUAAAGGAGGAGAGAACUACAAAUUGACCUUUAUAAUUUACUUAUUGAUGUGUAAGGGGCUGUGGAAGCAGUUCCGUUGGAAGUGAACUUUUGCAUGCUUUAAGGUUGAUCAGUUAAAAAAAAAGACAAUGUUAUAGUAACAAAUAAAAUGCAGUUUAAAACCCAACUCUUAUCCUUAAUUUGUUCUUGAUAUUUAUUUUAGACAGGAAAGGGGGUGAUUCAUUAAAUAUUUAUUUGAUAUGACAAUUUUAAGUUUGGGCCAGAGAACAGGGUAAAUAAGAUUUCAUCUUUGGGCAUAUGGUAUUUUGCUUGUCUUUUAGGUUAUCGUUCUCUAUCAUUGACUCAUCAGAAAACCCUAGAUCUGCACACCUCACUGUUCAGUCAUUCAGUGGGAAAGAACAGGGGUAUUUUCAAGUUUUAACCAGAUUAUGGUAUAAUUUAACUGUUUCAGGUGGACUGUUAAUAAGGGGGAAAUGUUUACCACUCUAGCAUCGGAUCAAAAAAAGUUUAUUUUAUUACACAGUGUUUUAAUAAACAAUUUAUUCUGUUUACUUCA